GCCCCAGACUACAUCCUGUGUGACCCAUCCAUCCAGAGCAAGGUGGUGGAGAACAUCAAGGCCACUCUGAAGGAAUUCUAUGGGGAGGACGUGAAGUCAUCUCCAGACUAUGAAAGGAUCGUCAACCAGCGUCACUUCAAGAGGGUCAAGAGCCUGCUGGAAGGGCAGAAGAUUGCUCAUGGGGGAGAGACUGAUGAGGCCUCCUGCUUCAUAGCUCCAACCAUCCUCACGGAUGUUUCCCCGGAGUCAAAGGUGAUGGAGGAGGAAAUCUUUGGGCCAGUGCUGCCCAUUGUGCCUGUGAAGAGCGUGGAGGAAGCCAUUGAGUUGAUCAACGGUCGGGAGAAGCCCCUUGCCCUCUAUGUCUUCUCCAACAACAAGCAGUUAAUCAAGAGAGUCAUCUCGGAAACCUCCAGUGGUGGUGUGACUGGAAAUGAUGUCAUUAUGCAUUUCUUCCUCUCAACUUUGCCUUUUGGUGGUGUUGGGCACAGUGGGAUGGGCGCCUACCACGGCAAGCACAGCUUCGAGACCUUCUCCCACCGCCGCGCCUGCCUCAUCAAGGACCUGAAGAUGGAGAGCGCCAACAAGAUGCGGUACCCACCUGGCAGCCAGAAGAAGGUGGACUGGGCCAAGUUCUUCCUGCUCAAGAGGUUUAACAAGGCCAGAAUCGGGCUCUUUGUCCUGGCCCUGCUGGGGGUGGUGGCAGCGGUGAUGAUCAAGAGCCACCAGUCUGUGCUGAAGAGAAAAGCCCUGUUGGUUGUGCUGGCUGUGCAGAGGCUGGGCUGGCCCAGUGGGUGGUAAGGAGGAGCAGGUUUCAGAGCACUGCUGUGGCUGCCACAGUGAGGUGCUUAACUGAUGAAGAGAGGAGAAGGCACCAUGUGCUCAUCAUACUCUGGGUGCUGGCUUUGUGUCUGUUUCCUUAAGCUGGGAAGUCAUUCUUUUCUUUUGUUCUGGGUGAUUUCAGUGAGCUGUCGAGCACACAGAGUAGCCUUAGAGAGGCACUAACCACGAGAAGGCUCAGAUUCCUGUUUACUUAAAAGCCAUGCUGGAACAGAGGGACCACUGGGGACAAGCUCUCCGAAGGAGGACUGCAGAGCAAGAAAUUCCAGUCCCUGCCUGCACCUUGUGCCAUGCAGAGCUUCCAGGGACACACAGUGUCCUGCACCAAACCACUCACCUUCCUUCACUGACCAAAAGGAGCUGAAAUUUCAGCAGCCCUUGAGCUGAGAGUGUUUUCCCUGCAGUUUUGGGGAUGUUCUGAACACCCACCCUCCCAGUGACAAGCCUGGGACAGGCUGUGCUGCCCGAUGCAUUUGGCUGUGAAUAAACCCAGUGAGGUUCCCCUUGCCAUUUAAUUGAGGUGAAACCUUCUCACAUCUCUGCAAUCCAGAAUCAUCCACAGCUGCUUGCUGGGUUCUGUGUUUCAUCAUGUGCCUUUAACAGUUAUUUAGCAGUUAGAAAAUUCCAAAGGUGAUGCCUGUGCUGCCUGUGUUGUGCUGAGUGUCUCAUGCUAGAGCAAAAGAAUUUUCAGGCCUGUUCAGAGAAGUGGGAAUGACAAAUACCUUGUGGAUUAGCCCAGCCCCACGCAGCCACUUGCUUUUUUUCCUCUGUGGGAUGGGGAAGAGAAUUGGAAGAAAGUGAGAAAACUUGUAUGUUGAGAUAAAAAUUGUUUAAUGAAGUGAAAACUGGGCUUGCAGGCAGAUCAAAGCAAAUUAAGGAAUUUGUUAAUUAAUCCCCCUCAUCAGGCAGGUGUUCAGCCAUCCCCAGGAGAGCAGGGCAUCAUCACACCUGGUGGUGACUUGGGAAGACAAACACCAGAACUCCCAAUGUCACAAACCCAAAACAGCGCCAUCCUUCUACAAAGAAACUUAGUGUCUAGCACAAAAAUUGACUUCAUCCCAGUACAAAGCUGUUCCUGGUCAGGUUCCUCCAAGGGAAAACAAUUACUGGAAGAGUGUGUGUGUUCCUUCGUGUUUGAGCUUCUCAGGAUUCUGUAAUCUUGCACUGGGGGAUUAUGUGGGGCUUGUUCUAGCUUGGGGGAAGGAUGCUGAAGGAAUUGAAGGUGAAAGAGCCUUAGAACUAUUAUUGUUAAAGCAAACUGAAAAAAAUAUUACUAAAUGCAAUUACUAUAGAGUAGAAAAUUAUAUUUACUGUGCAAUAAGUGGGAUUUCUUCAUGUCUGGUGAAAAUCCAUGUGCUAAGCCUUUUUGAUGAUACAUUUUGCAAGGCACUAAAUAAACACUGAGAAUUUAAAUAAUCAA